GGCAACAGCGGAGCUAACCAGAGCCAGAGGGCGAGCAAGAAGUCACUAGCCAUGCGGCGAAUUAUCAUCGGAAUCGGGGGGGUUACAAAUGGUGGGAAAACUACCCUCACAAGGAGAUUAAUAGCUGCUCUUCCUAACUGUUGUGUGGUCCAUCAAGAUGACUUUUUUAAGCCGCCAGAUCAGAUAGAAGUCGGUGAAGACGGCUUUAAACAAUGGGAUGUGAUUACCUCUAUUGAUAUGGAAGCCAUGGUGAAUACCGUCACAGCCUGGAUCGAGAACCCUGUCAAGUUUGCGCGUUCCCAUGGAAUUGCCGUUUCUCAUUUAUGUGAAGAACAAGAAGACGAAAUCCAAAUACUUAUCUUAGAAGGAUUCUUGCUUUACAAUCACAAACCACUGGCAGAAAUGUGCUCCCAGCGAUAUUACUUAACCAUUCCAUAUGAAGAGUGCAAGCUGAGACGCAGUGGUCGCAAUUACCGUGUGCCAGACCCUCCAGGACUCUUCGACGGACACGUUUGGCCCAUGUAUUUGAAGCAUAGGCAGCAAAUGGAAGAUCAGGGUGUGGCUUUUGUUUCCAUAGAUGGCCUUUUGUCAAAAGAUGACAUCUUCAAUCAAGUCUACACUGAUGUCUGUAACAAGAUUUUAAAUAUGUCGCAGUUCACAUAACUACUGGUGUCUGCCUCUGUAAAAAGACAGCAAACUAUAUAUAUGUAUAUCUGCAAACUAUCCUGCUCACAAUUUAUUUGUAUAUAAUGAGUAACUUAUAUGCUGCUAUGAAUGUGGUUUCAAUAUUUUAUAUUAAGGGAAGGUUCCUGAUUAUUUUUUAUUUUAAACUGAACAGAAUCGUUUCUCUAGGAUUAACCUAGUCUCAUAUCACAUCUUUGUGACAUUUUGAUCUAAUUUAUUGUUCACAAUAUUAAAGUGAUGAAUCAGAAAA